AGUAUCGAUCAUCGAUCGUUCGAUUUUAUACGAAAUGGAUCCGUUCGUUGAUUAGAAAAAAUCUGGAAAAGGGUAGGAGGACGAGGCUAACGUAAGAUCAUUUAUUAUGGACUGAAUUUUUAUAACAAGUUAUCGAUCAUCGAUUAUUUAGUUUUGAAAUCACUCACUCACACACAUAUACACACACACACACGCUCAGCCAACAGACACACAACAAACACUUUACGACUCCUAUUCAUAAAAUACUUCCGACUUUCAUCUCUCGGUAAGAGUACUACUAUUGAAAAGAAGAAAGAAAAAAAUUAUCAUUUUAAAUAUAUUAUCUCUUAUGUGUCUUCACAUGCUCACCAUUAUAUACAUAUAUAUAUAAAUAUAUAUAUAUACAUAUAUAUAUGUGUGUGUAUAUAUGAAAUAUAUAUAAAUAAUAUAAUUCUAAUUAAAAUAAUAAUGAAUUUAUUAUUAUAAUUAUUACUGUACUACUAUUAUUAAUAAUAUUAAUGUUAAUAUAUUAUGUACGAUCUCUCGAUGAGAAUUUCUUACGAAAAAAAAAAUAUAUAUAUAACAUUCAACGGUGAAAAGCGAAUAGAUUUGUGUGAAUGUAUUCUCUUUAUACAUACAUACGUACAUAUAAAUACAUAUAUACACGCACACACACAUACGAUUCCACAUAGUUUCAUAGCAUUCACGAUCGAGAAGGAAACGAGGCUACAGGAAUGUGUAAACGAAUUUUUCAAUCAACUUUGUUCCGAGCGAAAGGAUCUCGCUCUCUCGAACGUAGUAUGCAAUAUAUCGGAAUGAUACCUCGAACGUAUCGAUUCGAUUAGAAGAAACAAAAAACGACUAGACGAAUUAAGAAAUGAUCGAGAAAUAAUAAUCAUCGAAAUGGAUCACUAAAUUAUAAUUUCAUCGAGGAUUAAUAUUAUCCAUAAUCGUAUCAAUGGAAUUUAUUAAUUAAGAAAAACGAGAGAAUCAACACUGAAACAUUUAUAGAUCAUUGAAUUGCUACUGUAACCAACGAUCGUAAUCAAAUCUGUAUGUGUAUCGAUGAAUCAAAAGGAAAGUACUUGUUCGUCGGUUAUUAUAGUUCUAAUAACAUAGGUUAUCGGGUUUUGAUCUAUCGAGCAAUAUCAUCUUCGAUGUGCACAGAUCCUAGAUCACUUUGUGACUGUGUAUGUGUGCGAUGUGUAUAUGUAUGUACCUAUGCGUUCGCAUGCGUGUAAAUUCGUGUCGGUCUUGAAUCGGUGCGCUUCCAACAGCGGCGUUUCACUCUCGCGUUCCCAUUUAACGUGGUGCCUAUUGGGCACUUGGCCCAAGAGAACGAACGACUGCCAGGUAUUAUUAAAGUACUACUACAAUCAUAAUCGUACUACUACUACUACUGCUACUACUACUACUACUACUACUACUAUUACUACUACUACUAUUACACUACUGUAUCAUGGGCCGCACAUACAUACCCAUGGUGUACCUGCUUGGACCUUCCACCGCCACCAGGACCAGUACCAACACCAUCACCAUUACCAUCACCAUCACCAUCAUCACCACCACCAUCACUAACAAGCGCAACAGUAGUCAACGUUGAAGUUCUUCGAUGUUUCUUGCUGUUCACAUUCGCUGAUUCAAAGGCACACACGUUCUACUAUACAUAUACCGUAGUUAUACACGGACUAUACACGAAAUGAAAGGCAGUCUCUCUCUCUUUCUCUCUCUCUUUUUCUCUUUUUUCAUAUCUCUCUCUCUCUCUCUCUCUUUCUCUUUCUCUUUCUUUCUCUGGGAGCUAGCCGAGAACAAGAUCUCAAAAUUUUUCAUCUUUACAUAUAACGAUCUAUCGAUCCAUCAUCGAUCGACGAUAUAACUGCAUCGAUAAAUCGAUCGAUCGAUGCUUCGAAAUCAUCAGUUAUGAGAUGAACUUUGAAAUCAUUAUCUAAAUUACUGUUUCUCUCUCUUUUUUUUCCUUUCUAAUUUCCGAUCGAUGGAUCGAAUGGAUCGAACGAAUCGAUAGAGAAUCAAGACUCUAAGCAAAAUUUCUUAUUUAUCAAUUUUAACUAUCGAACGCGUAAUCGAUCCUUCGAUUCGUAUCCUUUCUCCCCAAUCCAUCGAUAGAUUUAGAAAACCUUCAAAUAUGUCAUUCUUCGCACCUCCGUCCUAGAAAAUAAUACGAAACAAAUGGAAUUGGAUUAUAAAUCGUUAGUUUUCAUCGACGACGGUCAGGAUACUUAUUAAUAAUUAUAUACAAUUAGACGGGGAUUGUCGGCGAAAAUGUUGUUUUGUAGUUGUGUCUUUGGUGGUACAUGUCGAGCAAGCUACGGAAAAUAUAGAGAAAGAAAAAGAGAAAGAGAAUGAGAAAGAGAGAGAGAGAGAGAGAGAGAGAGAGAGAGAGAGAGAGGACACAAAAGAGACGGGCACGCGCGAAGGGUGUCGUACUUCGGUGUUUCUCUCGAUGCUGAAGGAGAGAGAAAGAGAAAGAGAAAGAAAAAGGAUAGAUAAAUAGAGAAAGAGAGAGACACGACUACAGAGCAGACAGACAGACAGACAGACAGAGAAACAGACAGACAGACAGACAGAGAGAGAGGGACAGAGAGAGAGAGAGAGAGAGAGAGAGAAUAAGAAAUGGUAGAGUGCAAAAGAGGAAAGAGGGGGCAAGAGGAAAGAGAAAGAGAGAGUGACAGUAGUAGAGAGGACUUCGUUACCUCUAGUCAGUCUUUGCCGAGCUGUUGUCAGUGCCAGAGUAUCGUCGGCACUCAUUUUCACGAUCAUGCGGUGACGGAUUUUCUGUCAUCGAUACGUAUCGCUUGUAAUUUUUUUUCCCCCUUGUAUUAUCAUUCUCUCUUUCUCUCUCUCUCUCUCUCUUUCUAUCUCUCUCUCUCUCUCUCUCUCUCUCUCGCACUCGCUACAUUCAUUUUUUACUCCUUCACACCAUCGUUCGAUCUCCUCAGAUCAAAUUCGAUCGACAAAUCUCUCGUUUCUAUCUCUCGUAUCAGCGCGCGCGCGCGCGCGUGCGUUCCGUUUUUCUCGAUCGCAUUAAUUCGUUUAGGAUCGUUUAAGCGAUCGGAUUAGAUUUUCGCCAGAUUUUCUCCUUUUCUUCUCUCUCUCUCUCUCUUUCUCUCUCUCUUUGUUUUUCUUUCUCUCUUUUUCUCUCUCUCUCUUCGGUUUUUUCGUUGUUGGUUUUCCUUUUUUGUGAUCCUUUUUUUUUCUUUUUUUUUUUCUUUUGUCCCUCCUUAAUCCCUUCAUUCUUGUGUUCCUGUGAUCUUCGUGAGUAACUCGUGAAAGAAGAAUCUUCCUUCAGGUGGAGAACAAGAUUGGAAACAAUGGUCUCGAGCAACAGGACGACUAGGAGGCUAUUGCUUGCCUGCUUGGCGGUAUUUCUCCUGUGUCUUUCAAAUCAGGCAGAAGGUGCAAGGAAAAGAUUACGAAGGCCCACUACCUUAACACCGUCCAUCUCGAACGAUCAGGAAGUAUCGGCUAGUGUUAACAGGUUCAAGGUCACACGAAAUCGCGUUAACAAUAAGAACACGAAGAAUGAAAUCCAACCUGGGAAGACGAACGAUUACAAGGUCGUGUGUUACUACACAAAUUGGUCCCAGUAUCGUACGAAGGUCGGUAAAUUCAUGCCGGAGGACAUACAGCCAGAUCUUUGCACCCACGUGGUCUUUGCAUUCGGAUGGUUGAAGAAAAAUAAAUUGACAAGUUUCGAGUCGAACGAUGAAACCAAGGACGGUAAAAUUGGUCUCUACGAGAGAAUAGUGAACCUGAAGAAAGCCAAUCCCUCUUUGAAGAUCCUACUUGCUGUCGGUGGAUGGUCCUUUGGCACGCAAAAGUUCAAGGACGUAUCAUCGACGAGAUACGCUAGACAAACGUUCAUCUACAGUGCUAUACCAUAUUUGAGAGAUCGAAAUUUCGACGGGCUCGAUAUCGAUUGGGAAUAUCCGAAAGGAGGAGACGACAAGAAGAAUUACGUUCUAUUAUUGAAGGAACUUCGCGAAGCCUUCGAAGCUGAGGCACAAGAGAAAAAGAAACCUCGUCUUCUAUUAACAGCUGCUGUACCCGUUGGUCCUGAUAAUGUUAAAGGUGGUUACGAUGUACCAGCUGUUGCCAGUUACCUAGACUUCAUCAAUCUCAUGGCGUACGACUUUCACGGUAAAUGGGAAAGAGAAACCGGACACAACGCACCUCUCUACGCAUCAUCCUUGGAUUCGGAAUGGCAAAAACAAUUGAGCGUUGACAAUGCGGCAUCGAUGUGGGUAAGAUUGGGUGCACCAAAGGAAAAGUUGAUCAUCGGUAUGCCCACAUACGGCAGAUCGUUCACUCUGUCAAACCCAUCGAACUUCCGUGUACACGCACCGGCCAGUGGUGGUGGUAAAGCUGGAGAAUAUACCAAGGAAUCCGGUUUCUUGGCUUAUUACGAGAUUUGUGAGAUGUUGCAAAAUGGAGCGGCUUAUAUCUGGGACGACGAGAUGAAGGUACCAUAUUUGGUGUACGGUGAUCAAUGGGUAGGCUUCGACGAUGAAAGAUCGAUCAGGAACAAAAUGCAUUGGCUGAAAUCCACCGGUUAUGGCGGUGCCAUGGUAUGGACGGUUGACAUGGACGAUUUCAAUGGUACUGCUUGCGUUGGAAACGUAAAGUAUCCAUUGAUCGGUGCGAUAAGAGAAGAGCUAAGAGGUAUCCCACGAGGACCGGAUGCCAAAGAUGUCGAUUGGAGUUCGGUUGCUACUACCAUCACGGAAACUAUUGUUAAGAAACCAGAACCUUACAAAAUAUCUAUCUCCGAUGCAUUGAGCAAAGCUAAAAAAGUACCAAAAAUCACUCAGUUGGUUAUUAAUACACCAACGAACGAAAGGGAAGCACAGACCAUUUGUUAUCUGACCAAUUGGUCCCACAAAAGACCAGGCCUCGGUAAGUUCUUGCCCGAGGAUAUCGACCCGACACUUUGCACCCACGUAGUCUAUGCUUUCGCGACCUUGAACGAUCAUCUGCUCAGCGAAGGAAGCGAUCAGGAUGUUGAGAUGUACAAACGAUUGAUCGCACUUCGUGAGAAGAAUCCGGACAUAAAGAUACUGUUAGCUAUCGGAGGCUGGGCCUUUGGAUCGACACCCUUCAAAACAUUGACCAGCAAUACUUUCCGAAUGAAUCAAUUCGUUUACGAAGCUAUAGAAUUCCUAAGGGAAUACAAAUUCGACGGAUUGGACGUUGAUUGGGAGUAUCCACGGGGAGCCGACGAUCGUACCGCUUACGUGAACCUUCUGAAAGAACUCAGGCUGGCUUUCGAGGGUGAAGCAAAGAGCUCUGAUCAGCCUAAAUUAAUUUUAUCGGCGGCUGUACCGGCCAGUUUCGAGGCCAUAGCUGCUGGAUACGACGUCCCGGAAAUAUCCAAGUACCUGGACUUCAUCAACGUGAUGACGUACGAUUUUCAUGGUCAAUGGGAACGUCAAGUUGGACACAACAGCCCUCUUUAUCCUCUUGAGAGUGCAACCAGUUAUCAAAAGAAAUUGACAGUCGACUACAGUGCACGAGAAUGGGUGAAACAAGGCGCACCGAAAGAAAAACUGAUGAUAGGAAUGCCGACUUAUGGCAGAUCCUUCACGUUAGUCGACGAAGACAAAUUCGAUAUCGGAGCACCUGCCUCCGGUGGUGGUAUUCCUGGUAAUUACACCAACGAAGCCGGAUUCUUAUCCUAUUACGAGGUGUGCGGAUUUUUGAACGAAGAGAACACGACUUUGGUAUGGGAUAGCGAACAACAGGUACCUUUUGCUUACAAAGGUGAUCAAUGGGUUGGUUUCGAUGACGAAAGAAGUCUUAUAAAUAAAAUGAACUGGUUGAAGGAGGAAGGUUUCGGUGGUGUUAUGAUCUGGUCGAUCGACAUGGACGAUUUCCGAGGAUCGUGCGGUGCCGGAAAAUAUCCACUGAUCAAAGCAAUGAAAAAGGAACUGCAGGAUUACAAAAUCAAAUUGGAAUACGAUGGUCCAUACGAGAGUUCUUCUAGAAAUGGCAAAUACACUACGAAAGAUCCGAACGAAGUGACCUGCGACGAAGAGGACAAUCAUAUAUCUUAUCACCCAGAUAAAAGCGAUUGCACGAUGUAUUACAUGUGCGAAGGUGAACGCAAACAUCACAUGCCCUGUCCAGUUAAUCUCGUUUUCAAUCCCAACGAGAACGUCUGCGAUUGGCCGGAAAACGUUGAGGGAUGUUUGCAACACACGCAAGCGCCGCCUUUGCGAAAGUAAUUAAGAGAAUAAGAGAGAAAAGGAAAGAAAGAUAUUUUUGCAUAAAACAAAAAAAGAAAAAAGAAAACCUGCGGCAUUUUACGUGUGCGAUAAAAAUGAAAAGAAGGACGACAAGGAUGAUAAGGUUUUUAUCAUCGAGUUUUAUCAUCGCUGUUAAAUUCAGUAGAUAGAUAGAUAGACAGAUAAAGAGAAAAGAGAGAGAGAGAAAGAGAGAGAGAGAAAGUGAGUGAAAGGAAGAGAGAGAGAGAGAGAGAGAGGAUGAAAUUAUGAAAAGAGAAAGAAGAUAUGCUGCCUUCGCACAAAAAUUUAUAGUCGAUAUUUGCCCCUCUUCCAUAUCCCUCCCCCUUUCCACACCGCUCCCACACCCGCUCUAUUUCGAUUUUCGAUUAUUACGUUUGUUUUUUUUAUUUCGUCGUUCUUUUUGACACGCGAUAUAUUUGUAUUCCCUUCCAAGAGACCCUCCCUUUUUACUUGUCAUUUGUAUAAAGCAUGGACGAAAUCACGAGGUAUAGUUAUUUGUAAAUAAAGAGAAAUUUAACA